AUGGACUCGAAGUUAGAAGAUCGUGUACUUUCGGGGGUUGACAAGCUCGACGAACAACCGUUGAAGACAGUUCAUACAGAUGCGAACCACAACUCCAAUGAUGGUCCGCUUAGGGGAGCGGAGCUGUCGGAAAACCCACCGGGGCAGACACCCUCUGAGCCCCGUAUGGACUCGGGCUGGUCGUGGCUCGUCUUGGUUGGUGCAUUCAUCGUGUAUUUCACAGCACUUGGUUCAGUAUCAUCACUGAGUGUGUAUUUGACGGUAUGGAUGGAAUCGUUUGAGGCCAGUGCCACUACGGUGGGUUUAGUGUUGUCAAUUCACUCCCUCAUGCGGGGAAUGUUUGGUCCCAUAUGUGGAAUGUUUUGCACCAAGUUUGGACCCCGUAUAGUCAUGGUUGCAGGUGGAUUAAUACUCACUGGGGGUUUCAUAAUGGCUGCCUUGUCCCCUACAAUAGAAAUGCUCAUUUUAAGCAAUGGAUUCGUUACAGCAUUGGGGGCGAGUUUGUCGUUAUCCGCAGUUUUUCAAGCUAUGGGGAUGUACUUCAAGACGAGAUUCACCUUUGCUGUUGGUGUAGCGACAUCAGGUAUCAGCUUAGGCCAGUUGGCGUUCGCCCCUCUGUACACCUUCCUUAUUGACCUGUACGGCUGGCGAGGAUCCAUGCUUAUCGUAGCGGCGAUGGGGUUUCACAUUGUAGCGGCAGGAGCUCUUAUGCGAACCAAUGUGGCGAAGACAACUCGACCUCAUGUACCGAGGUCAGCUCGACCUAAACACGACCUGCAAUCUAAGAAUAGUUAUCAUGAGAUGGAAACUAGAACCGCUUCGGAAACAGCGGGUAUUGUGCAUGGGGAUAUGAAUCAACAAUAUGGAGUCAAACCAAAUCUGACUUUGAGGUCAACUGGAGAAGGUCAUGGACACGACAGUCCUAGCUAUACAACAUUGAGCAAUGGUGAUAUUACAGAUAAAUAUGCCGGUUCCACAGAACACAAGGCUGGGUUCCCUCCUCCGAGUGACGGCCCACCAUGCGUCGCAGUCGACGAUGACAGAGCCGAUCAAACGCCCAUUCGCGAAUCGACCAGACAGUCCUCUCUUUAUGAACGUCUUCUGGAAUACCUUUUCGGAUUUAAAUAUUUCUUGUUGGAGACGUAUGGCCUGAGACGUCUUGCCCACAACACGCAGUUCAUCAUCCUAAUGAUCGGAGCAGUGUGCCAUGGCUUCGGGAAGCUUGGUGUAGUCUACACCGUAGCUCGGGCAGAGACGAUCGGUAUCGAGCCAGAGCUUGCUUCGCUACUUCUCUCGACGAUAGGAGCUGGAAGCACCUUCGCUAGAGUCACACACGGAUGGUUCAUUGAUAAGAAAUACAUCACAGCGGAGAUGACCUACGCAUGGUCCAUGCUUCUCUUCAGCGUAACGGACGUACUUACGCCGUGGUUAGUGACAUUCUUACCGUUGGUUAUCUCGUCAGUGUUUAUGGGGAUGGCGGCCGGGUUGACUGCGUCCGUGUUGAUAGUUGCCGUGCGUUCCUUCGUGGAACCAUCCGAUGCGUCUGGCGCUUACGGUGCGCAGUUAUUUUUCUGGGGCCUUGGGGACAUCAUCGGAGUACUGGUAACAGGUGUUGUUUAUGACAACCUUCUUAGUUAUGAUGUCGCCUACUUCGUCGGUGGGGGCGUCCUCUUCGUCGGAUCUAUGCUGACUUUUGGUGUUUCCAUCAGCCGCAGACGAAACAAACCUUGCAAACUACUCGACGCGGAAUCUACCAUCGAGCCGCCUGAAGAGACUGAAAUACAGGCUGUUUAUUCUGGACCAAGCCGGUUAGAACUUGGCGGCGCAGAGCAAUUUGACGAAGACGCUGGAUGUGUCAAUCCAGCGUACGCCGUAACCGAUGGUGAGGACAUUUCAGUUAGUGACGUAGCCGUGAAAACUGGACUUUUGAUGCAAUCAAGUGAGAACGAGUUGCGACAUAUAGAAGGAAUAGUGAACCCCAUGACCAUUACACAAGCGGACUUUUAA